AUGCUUGAAGCGCUUCUUUCCCUCUCAGGCCUGACACUCUUAUCAACCUCAGUUCUCACCUCCUGGUCCACAUCGCUCAACCUACUAUUCUUCUACCUUACCUGGUCCACCCUCCUCCUCUCCCAAGCGCCACUCAAGAUUGAGGUGCUCGGUACCCUUGCUAUCCGCCUCAUCUUCUUUUGGGUCCCCUCGCUGCUCUUCCUCCUCUUUGAUACGCUCCUCCCCAGCCUCUCGCAGGACUUUAAGAUUCGUGGUGCGGCGGCGCUCCCGAACCCGAGAAAGUCAUGGAAAGUCGUCGCGUGGGCAAUGUUCAAUAUGCUGUUUGGCGCAGGGAUCCAGGCAGCAGUAGAGACGUUCCUGAUCGACGGAAUACACUGGAAGAGCGCGCUACGGGUGUCAAAUGCGUUACCGAUGCCGGGCGGGGUCGCGUUGGACCUUUUUAGGGCCUUUUUGUUGCGUGAGGUUCUCCAGUACUACAUCCAUCGGUUCGUCCUACACCAAGGCGGAGAGCUUCCUCAACAUUUACAUAUGAAAUGGCAGCACUCGGUGGCAUCGCCGUGGGCGGCGGUCGCACAUUACGAUCAUCCACUGCCAUGGCUGCUGUGGAAGUUUUUACCGGUCUAUCUGCCAGCUGUGAUAUUUAGAUUCCACAUCUUGACGUAUUUCCUUUUUCUGGCGGUAGUGUCUCUAGAGGAGGCGGGCGCUUUCAGUGGGUAUACGGCCUUGUUCUUUUCGGCGCUUAUGAGCGGCACUGGUAGGAGGGUCGAAAAGCAUUUUAGUAGCAAGGGGAAGGUAUACAAUCUUAAUGGCUUCGAGAUUAUUUGGAGAAUGAUUAUUGACUGGGAUUAG